CCAUGAACCUCUCUGUCUCAUUCACCCACUCUCUCCUUCACCCAACCGCUCUGCAGCCACCGAAACGCAUCUGCUCGGCGUUCUAGCACUUCGACAUGCCGGUUUUCUGAUUGCUGAGUGAGCGUCGAUACGGGUUUGCCACGCACGACCUCCUCGUCGGCUGGACCGCGGCCCGAGGGGGAAUUUCAUACUACCUACCUACCCUGCGCUCGCUUUCGCCUCGCCCCCCGAGGGGCGGCAUCACCAUGCCAUUUGUGGGCAGCCGCGACGAUGACAGCCUCCACCUGAGCCACAAGCGGAGGCGGGAGGAAGGCGACGGCGGCAUGUACCGACUCUACGACGCGGAAAAGCAAGCGCCCGACAUCUACCUCCUGAACCAUCCGGAGGAAGACUUGUCGCCACGCAAGAUAAUGCCUCUGGCGAAGCGGGCUAGGAUAUCCGCCGCCGACGAGGACGAGAACGAGGAGGAAGUGGUGCACUACCUACACGACCAUUCGGCGGCCACAGUCCCGCUCGCUCACCGGCGGCGGCCCUCGCCACCACACAGAAUACUACAAGAUCAGCGUUCCCUUGGGAACAAGACGCCGUCCAUACACUCGCAACAACAACAACAACUACUACUACUACCCGCACGGCUUGCCGCGACAGGCGGUGCUGCCCUGCUGUCGCCGUGCCACAUAUGCCACCGCCGGCCGACCAAAAAAUCUGAUCUGGACUCCUUCGCCGAGUGCCUGGGCUGCGGGGAGCGCACGUGCUUCGUGUGCAUCCGCGAGUGCCCGGGGUGGAACGCGGGCGAGGAGGAGGAGGGGGCGGCCUCUGUACUCUCGGAGCAGGAAGUGCUAUCUCGGUCCUUUCACAUGGACGACGUCGACGACAUGAACCGCGACGGCUCGGCGGAACCCGAACGACCAAGGGAGAUCAGGGACGGCGGCAAGGGGUGGGACGCGUGCGGGCACCGCGCCGUGGUGUGCAGCCGCUGCUGCGUCGAGCGCGGACGCGAAGGCGAGGUGGUAUGCCUGGGCUGCCUGUCAGGCAUGCCGGGCGCCUAGAUCCGCUCCAUCAAGGGCACCAUCGUCUACUUCCUGCACUACAUAAGCAUUUCUGCUUCUUCUGCUUCUUCUUCUUCUUCCUUCUAUUUUUUUCCCUUAUUACGACUCAAACGACAACAUAUACCACAAUGGGAGGACACUCUCCCCGGCUUCUCAUCCUCCUCCUUCCUCUAGGAGACGUCCAAGGGCCAAGACUAGCCGCAUGAGCUUGGCUGCAUGACAUUCAGGCGCUGACCGUUUCCGUGUGUCCCAUGGGAACCGCAUUUAAUGGAACCGUUUCUGGGGGCCGCGGAGUUGGGAAAUGGGGGGGUUUUUAAUCAUAGGGACUGUCUUGGGGGUUCAGCAUUUGCGAUGUCAACUUUCUUUUUCUGCAGCAUAGGCAAGGCAGUGUGGCACAGUCAAGUUGCCGCUGCUCAACAACCGCCAAACAUGUGAUGGGACAGCCAUGCAUUCGUCGGACAAUCCAAGUUCCGAUUCCAGGCCAGACAUGAAUCUCUGGUACUGAUAGCCAACUGGACAUUGCGUGUAGCACUUGGGUGAUGUCAUGUGUCCGUGAAACUGGG